AGCUGCACACGGCUACCUAGCGAUUCACAGAAGACCGGCUACCUUCGUACGAACCGGUUGUGGUCGAUAACCCGACGUCUCCGCGUGGAACGUUUGUGAACAUACAUACGCGAGUACUGUGCCACCGUUGGAUGGGACCGAGCCGAAAUCUUUGGGACCGUUUGGCAUUGCUGAUCACACUGUCGUGGUGAGAUCGUUUGAAAGUGAGGAACGAUCGUCGUCGAGUUGCAAGUGUUUUAAAGGAGGGGGAAAAAAAAAAAAAGAAAAAAGACAAGUGGAAGUUGCAGUUCGAAGGAUCGAGACUCUGGAGCUGGAAGGAUGAGCGGGCCUAGCGUGGAUGUCGUCUGGGAUCCACAGAUGCAAAUGAAUCCCUUGGAUUGUUGGGAUUAUUCCAUUGAAUUGUCGUGUCUUCAAAGUCCAGAAACUAUAGCAAAAGACUUGCAAUUGGCGGCGGAACUUGGCAAAACACUUUUGGAACGGAACAAGGAAUUAGAGAACAUUAUCAAAACGCAUCAGUCCACCGUCGAGGAACAAGCGCAAGAGAUAGAGUAUAUGAAAAAACAAACAGCCGCAUUGAGGGAGGUAAAUGAUUCGCGAUUGAAGAUUUAUGAACAACUGGAAGUCAGUAUCCAGGAUUUGGAACGUGCAAAUCACCGUCUUGUAAUUGAGAACACCAGUGAUAAAAAACUAAUCAAGAGUCAAUGUUUAACUGUCGAGAGUUUGGAAGCUCGGUGCGAGGAACUGCAAAGGAAAAUCGACGAGAUAAACGAGCAACAUGAAAGUCUGCUUCGGCAACAAACUGCGAGUCAAUCGACGAACACCGCACAAACACAAACCUUUCUAUGGAAAGUACCGGGCACGCAGGGUGGCAGCAUACAACAGAGCGCUGCCCCAUCUGGCCAAAAAUCUUUCCAGGAAUCGACCACGGACUCGAACGUUCGGCAACUUCAUUCGACAAUUCCAACAAACGACGAGGAAAUGACCGAAUUACUGAGACAAUUACAGGAGGCACGAAGUCAAAGAGCAAGAGAGCAAAAGAAAGUCGCCGAGCUUGGGCAACAGUUAGCUACUUUAUUGCAAGAAAAUAAUGCAUUAGAAGAACAAUUAAACGUAUUGCGUAGUAAAGCACAAGAUGUAAAGAAUCUUCAAGAGGAAAUAAACACACUCGAGGAAGUUAGACGAGGUCAAUUGUGUGGCCGAUGUUUACGUGGAAUGGAGUCUAAAACGCAUGACGAACUCUCUGUAAUGUUGAACCAAGAAGAAUACGAUGACAUUAGCAUGGCUGAAUCGCUCAUAAAUGAUAGCCAACAGGACACCGAAUCUGUUACUCAGGACUCGAACGACCAAAACGAAGUGUCGAGCGAUUUAAAGAACCCGUACAGAGUGCUAGUAGAGAAGUACCAAGCUUUGUUAGAAGUUCAAAGACGCUCGGCGCUCCGACGAAAGGACAGCGUGCCGACGCCGAUGUCGUUGCAAGAGGAGUUAGAAAUGUCAGGUGAAUUUAACAGCUUUCAGAAUCCUACGUCGGAGACGGAGAGUCAGCAAGAGCCGGCGAAAUCGGCCGGCGUGAACGGCACACGUGCCAAAGCGGAGACAUGCGGUAAGAAGGUAUUUUCCGCUACGCCUACCGACUUCUCUGAGGCCGAGACUUCGUCGUCUGGAUUCUCAGACGAGACGAGCAACAAAGCGACGCAAACAGAGGGAAGGCCCGGGUCGUUCCUCUGCUCGAUCGCGGACGGCGAAGACUGCAAGUUCAGCAUUUACGACGACAAUAGCCCGUUCGAGAGUAGAUUUAGGAAAACACCGGAGUACAGGCAACUGUUCAGCGAGAUAUUCAGCGUUUUGAAACGAGCGGCCGAGGCUAAAGACGAAGGGGAGAAAUUACCACUGUUGGACGAUUCCACGAGCACGAACACGAACACGUCGCAGCAGGAAUCGUCGAUCUUGCUGCAGGAGGAUGUGCCAAGCGAGACUACAGACGAUAAUCAAAGCAUCGCCUCUUCCAUGUUCUCCUCCGCUGUGUCCGAGCCACCUUACAGGGUGCAGCCUCCUGUCACGUCAAACGGGAUCAACGAGCAAGGGAAUAAGGAGACGGUCGCGACCGCGCAGAUGAAAACCAGAAACGAUAUCAUCCGUGACACGAAUCGCACGGAUUACAUAGCGUUUAACUAUAAGAAGAAACUGUCAAAGAAGCAUAUUAGCAAAAAAUUGACGUAUAACGACAGACCAACGACGCCCGACGUGAUUCCGACGACAAAUCCCAAGCUCGUACCGUCGAAGUCGAACAGCGGUGGGAAAAAGAAGUUCAGGCCUUUCACGGCUGCCGAUCAGAAUAACGGCAGUAUGUGUAACGGAUACAGUUACGCGAACAGGACGAAAGAGUCGCCUAAUUUUGGGAAACAUUCGAACAACGUACAUCAACGCAACAGCAACGAUCAGCACAACAACAGUUUCGAGUACAGAGACUAUAAGCCAAGCACAGCAUCGGAGGAGGUCGCACGGCUGAAACGUUUAGAAAUGUCUUAUGCGGAAGUUCUUCGAUUGCCAAAUAAAUCUAAACUGAGUAACCAUCGUAGAAGUUAAAAUAUUCUUACGCGCGCGAACAUCUUGGAACAAGGGGGAGGAGAAAAAAAAAAAAAAAAGACUUUUAUACGUAAGAUAUAGUCAAGUGAGAUUAAGUUUCGAAAUUUUUUGAAUUCAAUGUCAAGCGAGUACUUAAACAGGACAGGAUUUAAAUUAUGUAUUUCAAAGGUAAUCAUUCAGUAUUGAUAAUCAGUGCUACUUAAACAUAUUUUGUGAAUAUCUAAAAGAAGCGGUUAUGCGUAAACAUAUGCACUAGGUACUAAACUAUUUGACAUUAAUUUUUUUAUUGUAUUUUGUAUCUUAAUUGUAUAUGAUUUUUUCAUGUGAAUGUGCGUGGGUAACAAAGGUACAUAACGUUAAUACAUAUAUAUAUAUGAUUAUAUCGACAAUGAUAUCUACAAGAGAUUUAUGAGCAAGAUAAAUCGAGUCGUGCCUCGCGAGUUUGUCUUUUCUUUAGAAAUUGUAGAUGUAAAUCAGGAAUAAAAUUAUUUAUGUGCCAUUUA